GGUUAGUAAAAGGGCCCAAAGGGUGGUCUGUUCUGGUCUGGUCUUUGGUCUGGUCCUAUCUACUUUCUCUGAGCCUUCUUUGCCUUUUGCCUAGUUGGCACUCUUCUUCCCAUUUUCCCAUUUCUUCUUCUUCUUCUUCUAUUCCAUUGCUUCAUUCUCUUCUCUUCUCUCCAAUCUCCAUAGCUAUUAUACAAUACACUAAGAGGGCCACAUACCAUUACCAUACAUAAACAACCCAUAAGCCAUUAGCCACUUUCCUUUCAAUUAUUAUAUUUAUAUAUAUAUUUAUAUAAAAACAGAAGCAAAGGUCCUUCCUUUUUCAAUUUCCUUGCCUGCCCAUCUUCUUUUUCUUCUCAUUCUGCAACAACAUUCCAUUCUCUUCCCUUACUUUUAUUUCUUUUAUUUACUUGUACCUGUUGUUGUCUUGUAGCUGUACAACAUUUACAUUAAAAAAAGACCUCAUUUUUAUCACAUUCCAUGCUUCAAGAUCUCUCUUUUAUUCUAUUGUUAUUAUGUAUAAUAUCUCUCCUUCUUUUACCGAUUUCAUGCCUUUACCUUCACCUCAUUGUGUCUCCAAGCCUCUCAGAACCAUUUUCUGAACAAUGCCACUCUCAGGUGAUUCAAAAUCCUUCUCCAUUUCCUUAUUCUAGCUUCUGGGUUUUGUCUAAGGUGCCCACUUCUCAAGAUGAAGCCAGGUAGCUGAGUUCAUUAUCAGUUACAAUCACAGACAGCCCAAGUUCUCAACAUGCUGAUUUGGAUUCUUCCCCUGGCCAUAGUAUGAGUGGCAGUUAUAGGAACUUCAUGUCUGGCAUCCCACACAAUGAUUUGGACAUGUCUCCAGAGCCAAGCUUGGAUGGAAGUUUCAGAAAGUCAAAUAGUGUUAUCUCAGCACACAGUCUAUCAGGGGCUUCGGUUUCAAGCAAGUUUGGGCCUUCUUCUAGACGAUUUUUAAAGGGGCUAAAAGAUUAUGGAAAGAAACUCGUUGACUUUGAGUUGUUCACACAGAAUCUUGAGGAGUGGGUUUUUGAUAAUUUAUAUACAGAUUCAAACAAUGCAGAACCUUUUUUCAGCUCUCCCUUUAUGAUUGAUGAAUUGCGCAAGCUUGAUGUUGCGCUAGAGGGGGUUUUGUUUCAACAACUCUUCCGAAUGCCAUGCUCGUCUUAUGUUUCUGAUGAUCUAAAGGAAGAGGAGUACCUUGCAGUGGAAGACUUUUUUCAUGCUAUUGCCAUUGGCUUGUGGCGUACAUUUUGGCACAAGAGAGGGCCGUUGCCUUUCUUGUUGUCUUGUCCGCGUUAUCCUGGCUCCAAGUUUUACACUGUGGACAAGGCAAUAUCAAGAGGAAGGCUUAGAGAGCUUUGUGGCUUUGCUUUGAUGUCAAGACUUGGAAGUGAUUCACAUGUUCGUUGGAACCAGGUUGUGGAGUUUGUUCUUUACAAACAAGACAUAUUGUCAGGGAACGGGUUGAAAUUUUCUGCUCGGGUUAUUUGUGAAGCAAUUUUUUACGGUUUUCAUAUACUUGUUGCAAGGUUUUUGAGCAAGACUAUUAGUUUAGACAGCAAUUCAAUCUUCAUUUUGGUUCAAGAUUCUAGAUAUGGAGGAGUGGUGAGAUUGGGAGGUGAUCUUACGAAACUUGACUUGAACUCAAUCAAUCCAUAUGAGUCUGUGGCUGAGUGGAUGAAAAACCAUGCUGAAAUCAGAGUUUCCCCGGUGGACAUGAUAUGGAACAAGCUAGGAAAUCCCAAUUGGGGUGACCAGGGAACUCUUCAAAUGGUUAUGGCUACCUUCUACUCUAUUGCCCAAUGGAAUGGACCACCGAGGAAAUCUAUAUCCUCUUUGGCCUCAAAUCACAGCCUGCGCCUUCAGAGACGUUGGAUGGAGUGUCGCCCUGUUGAGAAUGAGAAUGCUUUGGUUCACUUUCAAACAUCUGGCUAUCAUCAACAAGGAGAAAUUGUUGAAGUUGACCAGGGCGAGUCUUUAAUUCAAAGGACGAAAGGAUCACGUUUGAAGCUUAAGCAAGGUGAGAUUUUACUACUAGAUGAUCAACAACAUGGGCAGAAAAGUUUCCAAAUACAAGAAUCUGUGAUAGGAGGAAACUAUUUUCUCUAUAGUGCUAUUUCUCUUGAUCACCCCAUGAAUUCGUUGGCUUUAUACGUGGGCGCUCAUCCAUCGAGACUGGAACCCUCUUGGGAGGAUAUGAGUCUUUGGUACCAUGUACAAAGACAAACAAAAGUGCUAAAUAUCUUGAAGCAGCAGGGAAGUUCAAACAAACAUUUGCCUGAAAUAGUUUCAUCUGGCCGAGUUCUGCAUUCUGGUCCAUGUAAAAAGGAGAGUCCAGGCGGGAGGUGUGAUCAUCCAUGGUGUGGAACUCCAAUCCUUGUAACAUCUCCAGUAGGUGAACCACUAUCAUGUGUGGUAGCUAGGGACGGCCCUUUCUCACCCGAGGAAGCAGUGCGCUGUUGCAGAGAUUGUCUGGCUGCACUGAGAAGUGCAGCAAUGGGAAAUGUUCAACAUGGUGACAUUUGUCCAGAAAACAUAAUCCGAGUUGUGGACAAGGAAGGUGUAAGAUACGUGCCCAUAUCAUGGGGGCGCGCAGUGCUUGAAGAUAGAGACAGCCCCGCAAUCAAUUUGCAAUUCUCUUCAUCUCAUGCACUUCAACACGGGAAGCUUUGUCCAUCAUCAGAUGCGGAGAGCCUGGUUUACCUCCUGAUGUUCAUUAGUGGGGACGGGGGCAGCCACCAGCAGCAGCAACAGCAGCAGGAUUCUAUUGAGUCUGCAUUGCAAUGGAGGGAAAGGGCGUGGGCUAAGCGGUCGAUUCAGCAGCAGCUCGGGGAAGUAUCAGCUAUCCUAAAGGCAUUUGCGGAUUAUGUUGAUAGCCUGUGUGGAACACCAUAUGCAGUUGACUAUGAUAUUUGGUUGAAGAGACUGAGCGAUGCAGUGGAUGGUUCGGCGGAUAGAGAUAGGGAUAGAGGGAAGAUGAUUGAAGAAGCAGAAGAAGAAGUUGUAGGCAUAACAUUGGGAUUGGAAUUGGGGGAUGUUGCUGAAUCAUCAGGAACAUCUGGAGGUGUAUAAGCCUAGUUUUGUUUUGUUUUGUGUUAUGCUCUACAUUCUACUCACUCUCUGGGCUGUUUGAUAUGAUAGAAAAGAAAAAACAGAAUGUGAUUUUGACCAUACUUUGAUUGAUGAAUGAAUGUGUAUUGUGCACCAGAACA